GUGAAAAUCUUGAUUGUGAAAGCUGAGAAGAGCUAGGUAGAAAAAUGGAGGGUAACACCAACACUAACACUAACAAGGAAAUAGGAGUAGAAUGGAGGAUCAACAUGGGAGAUGGGACGUCGAGAGUUCUAGAAGCUGAGAGCAGGUUUGGAUUGCAAAGGUUCGUGUCCAAGGUGGGCGGCUUCUUUCAACGAGCAUGGAGAUUAGGCGUAAACGAGCCAAAGAAAUCGAUACAUUGUGUUAAGGUGGGGUUGGCGCUCUGUCUGGUUUCCCUCUUCUAUUACAUGAGGCCCUUGUAUGAUGGAGUUGGCGGCAACGCUAUGUGGGCUGUCAUGACUGUGGUGGUCGUCUUUGAGUACACCGUUGGGGCUACUCUAUGUAAAUGUGUGAAUAGGGCAACUGGGACUUUCUUGGCUGGAGCAUUGGGUGUUGGUGUUCAUUGGGUUGCUAGCCAAUCUGGAGAAAGGUUUGAGCCCAUCAUUCUUCAAGUCUCAGUCUUUCUUCUAGCUACUGCAGCCACGUUCUCGCGUUUCAUUCCAUCGAUAAAAGCUCGAUUCGACUAUGGGGCGAUGAUCUUCAUCCUGACCUUCAGCCUCAUAUCAGUAUCUGGCUACCGCGUGGAGAAGCUCUUUGAAAUGGCUCAUCACAGACUCUCCACCAUUGCAAUAGGCACCUCCAUCUGCAUCAUUACAACCAUUCUUUUCUGUCCUGUUUGGGCAGGAACCGAGCUCCAUAACCUCAUCAGGAACAACAUGGACAAGCUCUCUGAUUCCUUAGAUGGGCCCAUCCUGCCGGCUGAGGCCAAGGCCGGAGAGGCUGUGACUCUAGUAGAAGUAGUUCCAUUGGUAACAGUUUCGUCGUUGCUGAUAGAGAUUGCGGCGAGAACAGAAAAGCUUGCGGGGGCAGUGAAUGGAGUGGCGGAGAAGGCGGAAUUUGAGGUUGAAACUGCAGAGGAAGCCAAGAGAGGACAAAGCUCGAAAGGAGGGAACUAGGCUGUUGAUGAAGGAAGACAAGGCGAUGAAGACCCUUCAGAAGGUCUGAGUUUGUGAGAAAACAACCAAAUUAUGCUUUCUUUUAGUAAAGUUGGUUGCUUAUAAUUGGCGAAGACCAUGUACAGAGAAGGAAAAUAGCUGUGGCAGUGGCACACAAGUUGUUCAACAAAAUUUGGGUUUA